AUGUCCCAACUCCUUGGUAACAUUGACAGCAUCAUCAGUGCUUUCAACAAGUAUGCAAAGAGCGAUGGGGACUGCGCAACGCUGACCAAGGGCGAGCUGAAGCACAUUAUCCAGAAGGAGUUUGCCGAGGUGAUCGUGAACCCACACAAACCCGAGACGAUUGAGACCAUUCUGCAGCUGCUCGACAAAGAUUUUGAUGGCAAGGUGGACUUUCAGGAGUUCACCGUCCUGGUGUUCAAAGUGGCCAAGGCCUGCUACAAGAAAGACCAGGAGUGCCAAGGAACAGAAGGACAGCCCAAGAAAUCAGGGAGCAGCAGACGGCAACAGGAUGCAUCGGCCCCGGACAGAGACUCAACCCGUCAAGCUUCCCGAGAGCAAGAGAAAGCUUCUGAUGCUGACUCUCAGUGCUCGUCUCAAGACGGAAAGUGGGAGCCUCACAAAUCGGACUCAUGCUGUGAUAAAGAACUCCUAAAACGAGAGCAGGAGCCAACUUCCCGAUCUCCACAGAAGCCUUUGGGGGUAUGUCCAAAUCAGAAGGAGACCAAGGAGCAUCUAAGGGCAGAGAAGGAACCAAAGCACCGAGCUUCUCGGGUGGAACGGAGAGCAGAGCACUGUUGCACCAAGCCUUUGCAGAAGGAACCUCAAACUGUAGAUGAGGACCUCAACGGCCGAAGUCCACAAGAGGCUCUCAGACUAGAUGAAGACUCGGCUCAAGAAACUCAAAGGAGCAAAGUCCGGCAGUCGUCCCAGCUACAUAAGAGAGAGGAACAGGGCUGCACAGGGCCACACAAACCAGAGCAAGACCAGCCAGGUCAACAAGGUACUCACGAGAGAGAGCAAACUCUGAGUCAGAGAGACACCCACAAACCACCAAAGAAAGAAGAGGAUGUGGUGAAGCCAAAGUCACAGGGAACAGUCGGAAGAGCAUACCAAAGGCAGGAGCAGGAACCUCAAGCUUCCAGGGCCAUCCAGGAUCACCAGGCAGAACGGUCUUCAUCAGGCUGCCAGGAAGGAAGAGCUUCAAUGUUUGAGCAACAUUCAACCUGCCGGCGAGAGCAGGGGCCUCAGAGAGGAGAGAGGUCAACACGCCAACAGGGAUGUAAUCCCAAGACACGAGAACAAGACCCAAAUAGUAAACCUGCAGAGGAGCAUCAGGAAACAGAGGGCGAUUCUUGUGAACAGCCAACAAAGGAAAUUCAAGGAUCAGAACGUGCCCGGAGUUGUCAACCAGGCUGUAGAUUUCCCACACAUGGGAAGCAACUGACUCGGCCACAAGAAUGUCAGUCUCGAGGUCCCAAGCAGGCCUCGACUGGCCGAGAGGAGCAAGAGUCUCAAGCUCCAGAGGAAGCCGCAACUAGCCAUGAAGAAUGUCAGUCAUUGACUGCAGAACAACGCCAAGCACAUCGAGAGGACCAGAAGCCUAAAAAUGCAGAGCAGAAUCAAUAUCGCUGUCAUGAAUGUCCACCUCUGACACCAGAGCAGGACCUUUCUCCUCAAGAGGAAACAAAGCCUCAGUCUUCAGAGAAGGAAGCCAGCUGUGAGGAGGCACAGACAUCAGAGAAGGUCACAACUGGUCAUCAGUCUUUGACAAGAAAACAACAUCAGCCUUGUUCAGAGGAGACUAAGCCUCAAACCUCAGGGCACAGCCAAUAUGGCCACCAUGAAUGUCAGUCACCAGAGCAGGCCCCUUCCUCACAAGAGGAGACAAAGCCUCAGACAUCCAAGACAGCAGCAAGCUGUGAGCCAACAGAGACUCCAGAGAAGGCCACAGCUGGCCUUCAGAAAGAUGAACCUUUGACAUCAGGACAAUGCAAACCCCCUCAAGACAAGAAGAAGCCUCAAAACUCAGGGCAGGGCCAAUAUCGGAGUGACAAAUGUCGGUCUCUAACAUCAGAGCAGGCCCAUUCCCCUCAAAAGGACACAAAGCCUCAGACCCAGGAGAGAGAAGAAAGCUAUGAGUCAGCAGAGACUCCAGAGAAGACUACAACUGGUCAUCGUGAAUGUCGAUCUUUGACAAGAAGACAUCAUCAACCUUGUUCAGAGGAGACUAAGCCUCAAAACUCAGGGCACUGCCAAUGUCGCCGCCAUGAAUGUCAGUCACCAGAGCAGGCCCCUUCCUCACAAGAGAAGACAAAGCCUCAGACAUCCAAGACAGCAGCAAGCUGUGAGCCAACAGAGACUCCAGAGAAGGCCACAGCUGGCCAUCAGAAAGAUGAACCUUUGACAUCAGGACAAUGCAAACCCCCUCAAGACAAGAGGAAGCCUCAGAACUCAGGGCAGGGCCAAUAUCGGAGUGACGAAUGUCAGUCUCGAACAUCAGAGCAGGCCCAUUCCCCUCAAAAGGACACAAAGCCUCAGACCCAGGAGAGAGAAGAAAGCUGUGAGUCAGCAGAGACUCCAGAGAAGGCCCCAACUCACCAUCAGGAAGAUGAAUCUUUGACCUCAGAACGAGGCAAACCCCCUCAAGACGAGAGGAAGCCUCAAAACUCAGGUCACAGUCAGUAUCAGUGUAAUGAAUGUCAGCCUCUGACACCACAGCAGGCCCUUUCUCCUCAAGAGGAGACAAAGCCCAUGGUAUCAGAGACAGAAGCCUGCUGUAAGCCAAUGGAACGGGCAGCAGCUGGCCAUCACAAAUGUCCAUCUUCAAUCCCAAGGCAUCAUCAACCUCAUCCAGAGGAGAGGAAGCCUCGAAGCUCAGGGCAGAGCCAGUAUCGCUGUCAUUGUGACUGCUGCUCUCUGACACCAGAGCAGGCCCCUUCCCCUCAACCAGGAAUGCCACUUCAGACACAGGAGAGGGAAGCCAACUGCGGGCUAAUGGAGACUCCAGCCACCCAAGGGCCAAGAGAGUCUUUGGCCAGGCAGCCCUUCAGAUCUGCUUGGCCCCAGCAACAUCGAAGAGUGUUGCAGUUCCCUUCUCCAUGGUCCCCGAAACACUAA